AUGUCUGCCCGUGAGGCUGAGAAAGAGAACGAGAACGCGGCAGUAUCUUCUCCAACUGACGAGGCUUCAACUCUGCCACCUCAGGAGCGACUCGCAGAGCUCACGGCCAAAGCGACCGCCGAAUAUGCCGUUAAACACUUCUCAGAAGCGGCCGAACUGUAUUCGCAGGCAACAGAACUACAGGCUGAACUCAAUGGAGAAAUGGCUCUAGAGAACGCGGAUCUGCUUUAUUCAUAUGGAAAAUGUCUUUUCUUCCUUGGACAACAAACCAGCUCGGUUUUGGGUGGCACCGCGGCGUCGGCACAGCUGUCCCAACCUAAGGGUAGAACAGGCUCCAAGAAGAGAAAACCCACCGCGACCAACAGGACGAAUGGGGAGAGUUCGAAAUUGGCAGCCGUCGCAGAAGAGGACGCGCUCCCUCAUGUAAGUGAUGUUAUUCCAGAACCGGAUGUCAAGACGGCUCUAUCCACCUCGGACAAACCUUUUUUCCAGAUCAGCGGUGAUGAUGAGAACUGGGAUGAAUCAGAUGAAGAGGAAGCGGAUCAGGACCAGGAAGCGGAAGAUGAGGAGGAUGAUGACUUCGCAAUUGCCUACGAAAUGCUGGACCUCGCCCGGGUUCUGUACCUCAAAAAGCUAGACCAGACUCAAGAACAUGUGCUCGAAGAAUCGGAAAAGGGCAAAUAUGUGGCAUCGAUAGACCUCACACCCGAAGUUAGGAAACUCAAGCACAGCGUCGCCGACAUCUAUGAUCUACAAUCAGAAGUCUCUCUCGAGGGCGAGAAAUACUCGACGGCGGUGAUCGACCUCAAGCAUUGUCUCGCAUUGCGGGAAGAAUUGGAACCACCAGAGUCUAGCAUCCUGGCCGAAUGCCACUACAAGCUCAGCCUGGCACUUGAGUUCAGCUCACAGACACAACAACGAGAUGCAGAGGGAAACCCGACGGGCGAGCUCCAGAUCGACUGGGACAUUCGAAACGAGGCUAUUGCACAGCAGGAGAAAGCCAUUGAUUCUUGCAAACUUCGGGUAUCGAAAGAAACAACAGCUUUGGAAGCAUUGGAAGCUGGGCCACAGAAGGACAAGGUCAUGGCCCAAGUCGAAGACGUGCAGGAUAUGAUUGGUGAGAUGGAAGUGCGACUUGCCGAGCUCCGCAAGCCUCCUGUCAAUGUCAAGGAGGAGACGGAUGCGAAGGAACAGCUCUCCGGUAUUCUAGGCAGUAUCAUGGGCAGCGGCGCAACAGAGCAGGAAAAGAAAGAAAAGCUUGCCCAAGUAUCUGAGACGGCAAACGACCUAAGCGGACUCGUGAAGAGAAAGAAGCCCAAGAGCUCGCUGGAAAAUGGGGGAGCGAGUGGUCUAGGAUCUGCCGCGUCCACUCCGGUUGCCACAGCCGACAUCCCUGAUUCAGGACCGAUGAAGAAACGCAAGGUCGAGUUUGUUGACGAGGCUCAAGAUGGACCAAACGACAAGAAGUCGAAAAUGGAGAAUGCUGCCGAUGCAGAACAGUAA